ACCGGGGAAGAGGAUUCAUUCCUACAGGGCUCUCUUCUCAGACACAGCUCAAACACCUAGCUAGCAGACACUUUGUGUGCUCAUCGGGGAGAGAGAGAGAGGGGGAGAGAGCAGGCUAAAUGGGUGUAAUUAUACCUCUCUAGUUGAUCCGGAAGGUUGUUUUUGCCACCUAGCUCGUCAUGUGAUUGCCCCUGGCUUCAUAUGCUUAGUUUUUUUUUGUUAACUUGAUUUCCAGCCCAGCAGUAGCCCACAUACCAUCGCAGAGAAGCCAAGUAGGACUUGUAAUCAAAUACCAGUGGCGCGUUUUUUAGUAGGUUGGGGCUGUUGCUUUCCAAAAAGGUGGUGGACCCGACACAAGCUUCGUGUGGAGACUGUCACUUCAACUCGAGGUCGAAGGAAAAAGGCAACAGCCGAACGCAAGUAGAACUGACACCUUUGUUUUUUGGUCGGAGACGUCCCGAGAAGGAGUGUCUCACUCCCGAACCGGUCUGUUCCCGUAGUGAUCUUUUCAAUCCCGCUACAAACAAGAGGAUUUCAAGCAAUAUAAUAUAUGCGCAGAUUAAAAGGUCUCAAAGGCUGACUUGACAAUGGGAUCUACAAACUACUGAAGUGGCUCUGACAAAAGAACAGGGGAAACAGGAGGAAAGUAGAGGAGAAAAGAAAAGGAGAAAAACACUAUACAAAAGGAGAGGGGACUCAGAGAGAGAGAGACCCUAUUGAAAAGAAAAGCAGAGGUUGGCUCGGGGAAGAUCAGCUUUGUCCAUCGGUGUGGGGUUGGGGGUGCAUGCUUGUCCUCUCCAGUGGGCUUCCUCCUUUGUGAGAGAGAGAGAGAGAGAGAGAGAGUUAACAAAAGACAAAGAAUGUGCAAUAAACAGAGAGGAGAAUGUCGACCGGUGGAGGAGGCUAGAGCGAGGAUGCCUGGCCUGGGGAGGAGAACCAGUGUGGUACUGCUACUGACUCUCCUGGUAGCCAUGGUCCAGGGACAGGUGGAGGUGCUGGGGGACAUGCUGCUGGAUGGACCCGGGGAGCUGGAGGCCUCCAUGCACUCCUCCAUACUCUCAGACUUCCAGGAGGUGGAGGCAGCUGUGGAGGCCUUGGAGCCGGUGGCGGCUACAGUCUAUCAGGCUGAAGUAGGAGCAGGGGAAGUGUCAGGAUUCCCUGACUCGUCUGCUGUGGUGGGCCGGGUGUUUCAGAUGAAGGUCCCGGUGAAGACGGACUACACCAACAACACUAAGAUAACUGAGUCAGGCAAGGAGACGCUACCAGCAUGGCUGCACUGGGACUGGAAGAGCAACAUCCUACAGGGUCUACCACUGGAGGAGGACAAGGGUGUCCACUACAUCGCCGUCUCGACAUCAAACGGCAGCCAGGACAUCUUCUCCAUUGAGGUGCACCCAGAGGAACACGCCGACCCGAUCCAGCUAGCCAUUCAGUCAGCAUCCAACAAUGAGGUCAAGCCGUUUGUCUGCGGUACAGAGGAACCGGUGACGGUGCUCACGGUGAUUCUGGAUGCCGACCUCACUAAGAUGAGCUCCAGGCAGAGGGUGGAGCUGCUGAGUAAGAUGAAGAAGUUCUCUGGCGUGGCGCUCCAGCACAUGAAGAUACUUCCCGUGGUCAACAACAGAUUGUUCGACAUGACCGCCUUCAUGGCCGGACCGGGAAAUGCCAAAAAGGUGGUGGAGAACGGAGCCCUGUUAUCCUGGAAGCUGGGCUGUUCCCUAGACCAGAGUAAUGUCCCCAACAUCAGCAGCGUCCAGGCGCCGGCGAAAGAAGGCACUAUGUCUGCUCAGCUGGGAUACCCUGUGGUCGGUUGGCACAUCGCCAACAAGAAGCCUCAUAUCCCCAAACGGGUGAGGCGCCAGCUCAACAAUACCCCUACCCCUGUUCUUGUUGUGCUUCCUCCAACGUCUGUUGUUGAGCCCCCUAUUCGCAUUGUACCCACCCUGUCAUCACCUGCCAUUGCUGCCCCCACAGACAGCUCUGCCCCACCCAUGAGAGGACCUGUGCCCUUGCCCAUGAAGCCCACAAUCCGUGUCAGAGACUCCUAUGCCCACACUCCCACUCAGGGUGCACCCCUGCCAACCAGAGUGAUGGAGUCCACUAGUACCAUCUCCAUUCAACCCACCAUGACCAGGCAUACUGUUGUGGAAGCCACACCGACACUCCCUCCACCCACCACCGUUGCCACCAGAAAGCCAACCAAGAAACCAAAGAGACCGAAGACCACUCCGAUUCCAAGGGAGCCCAAGACCACCACAGCCAAACCAGCCAGGCGCACAACCCCUUCGUCCAUCGUGCCUGACCCAAGAAAUGAGAAACCAGAUCUCCGCAACCCCAUCGAUCAGGUCAAUGCCUUCGUGGGCACAUACUUUGAAGUGAAGAUCCCAUCCGAUACAUUCUUUGACAAGGAGGACGGUACAACAGACAAACUAAGGUUGACCUUGAGGAUGAACCACAACGAAGUUGUUGGGGACGACUCCUGGAUACAGUUUAAUAGCACAAGCCAGCUGCUGUACGGUCUUCCAGACUCAAAUCACGUUGGGAAGCACGAGUACUUCAUGCAGGCCACCGAUAAGGGAGGUCUGAAUGCGAUCGACGCCUUCGAGGUCCGUGUGAACCGCUGGGCAUCCAACGAUAAGUCCCCGGUCCUGUUCCAGGCCCGCUUACACGGAGAACCUCGCCUGGUGACCAAUGACAUCCACAAGAAGAUUCUGCUUAUCAAGAAGCUGGCGUACUCGUUCGGUGACCGCAACAGCAGCACGGUCACCCUGAGGAACAUCACCAAAGGAUCCAUCGUGGUGGAGUGGACCAACAACAGCCUCCAGCAGAACCCCUGUCCCAAGGAGCAGAUUCAGACCAUGUCCAGGAGGAUCUCUGACGCCCAGGGAAGACCCUCCCAGACCUUCAUCUCCGCCAUGGAACCGGACUUCAUACCCAUCAGCAUCAAGGUCAAAGGAACGGGCGCCUGCCGGAACUACAUGUUUGUCCCGCCAGGUGAAAUCACUAUCCCUAUCCCCCCGGCUGUCACGCCAGCGCUAGGCACCGGACGCCAGAGCACAGACGACGUCUACCUCCACACGGUGAUUCCGGCCGUGGUGGUGGCGGCCAUCUUGCUGAUCGCUGGCAUCAUCGCCAUGAUCUGCUACCGCAAGAAGCGCAAGGGCAAGCUGACCAUCGAGGAUCAGGCUACCUUCAUCAAGAAGGGGGUGCCCAUAAUCUUCGCAGACGAGCUUGACGACUCCAAGCCGCCUCCGUCCUCCUCCAUGCCCCUCAUCCUGCAGGAGGAGAAACCCCCUCUUCCCCCACCGGAGUACCCCAACAUGGCCAGUCCAGAGACCACCCCCCUGAACCAGGACCUUCUGGGUGAGUACACGGCUCUGAGGGACGAGGACCCCAACGCGCCCCCCUACCAGCCCCCGCCCCCCUUCACCGCACCCAUGGAAGGUAAAGGAUCUCGUCCAAAGAACAUGACCCCUUACAGAUCCCCACCACCUUACGUGCCACCCUAAGGGUUUAGCAGGCUCCUCCAGAGAAGGAGGAGGGAAGCAGGGGGACUUGUAACGGUCUCAAUCCAGUGUCUUUUUCGAAAUAAGGGGUGGGAGGAGAAGGACAAAGUGGGAACAAACUUUUGGAUUUUGGGUUGGGAGGGUUUUGGGGUGAUCUGAUUGAGUCUGAGUUGAAGUUGUUGGAAAGAUGGGAGGGAGGGAGAACUAGAUGUUAGCCGCGGCGACAGUAGCCACAAAAAGGACACUAUUCAGUCUGUCAUCUCAUUGGCUACAGCUGAAUGGCUAGUUUGGGAAGACACGCCCCUCUGGUCCCAGUGCUUUUUUUUGUUCUCCGUUUGAAACUAAAUGGGCUUUUGUUUUAUUUUAGGUAUUUGGUUCUGUUUAGCUUAGUUUUUUUUUUUUUUUUUUUUUGGGGGGGCGGGCUGACUUCAAACGAAAUCAAACGACUUGCUUAACAGCACUCUUUUUAUGUUAUUUUAUCUUGAAUAAUACAAGAAGAUAAUAAACAAACACACUGCAGGCAAAAAGGUUUUUAAUAGAGAGAGAGAGUUCUAUGAAUAAAAACAGAAACAACAUAAUCAUGUGGAUCUGCACCAGCCCUGCAGCUAGCCCUGCAGCUAGCCCUGCAGCUAGCCCUGCAACCAGCCAGACAGACAACACAGUGGCUUGUCAGGCGGUGGGUCAGUGUUUCGAGUCAAUAAGGUUUGCCUUUUAACACUAAUUGUAUAUUUGUAUCCUUAUUCACACAAUGUCUAGUCAAGAUGAUCAUAACAAAGUUAGCCUAAUAAAUCAUUAGAAAUUUGUUUAAAAAACGUUAUGUUUGUUUUAUUAGUUUUGUUUUUAAAUCCACUGUAUAUCUGGAUGGUUCAGAUAGAUAGAUAGAUAGGUAGGUAGGUAGGUAGGUAGGUAGGUAGGUAGGUAGGUAUACAGGAUCUCUCCCUCGAUCAGAAAGGAAUGGUAAACCAAGUAGGUAGACCCAGCCCAGUCAGGACUAAACAAGCAAACAUUACCGUUAGCUAAUGUUAGCACGUAGGGCAACCAUGACAACUGUGAUUCUACAACAGCCUGGCCCAGUUAUUAUCAGAUGUAUAGUUUUGACUUGAAGCUCAAUGAUUUUUACCUUGCCUGGGUUUCCCGAAGCCACCCAAAAUCAUUCAAGAGGGAAGUACAAUGCAAUGUCCCUCUUUAUUAUUAUUAUUAUUUAAAAUGUGUCCCCUAUCCGAAUAUGAUCAUAACAUUGACAAUUUGAAUGCCAUGUUGCCUUUAUGGUGAUGCUAUGUGUCUUCUGUAUAUAGCUAUCGAUCGGCCUGUUGAAAUAAUAUUAAGUGUAUUUAUACUUCAAAAAUGUUUGUGUAAAUCAGAUAUGGAAAAAGCCUCCUGCAGUUUAUUUUAGACAAGGAGUAAUUAUUUUUUUAUGUAGUGAUGAUGAUGCUCUUGUUCUCACAGUUUAUGCGGGAAACAGUUCAUUGCUGUUGAGAGUGAUUUAGAACUUCCUGAAAGGGAUACAAUCUUUAUUCACAACUCAAAGGUCAUUGGGAGGGGAGGGGAGGGGAGGAGACGAGAGGAGAGGAGAGGUCUGAAGAACAAGAUCACCAGAAAACACUGAACAAAAUGGUGGAUAAAAUCUCUAUCUAAUUUUUUUACAAAGUUUUUGAUACAGCCUCAAAUUGUUAAAAAAAAAAUAGAGAAAUAAAUAAAUAGUGUAUUGCAAUUCGUUCAAUCUUAGCGUAGAUAAUUGAUUCUUCAAUAUGUACCUUUUCUCAUGGGUCACCUAUUUCAAGUGAUUUUUUUGUUGUUGACAUAUUAUCAAAUGUAUUAUCAUGUUUUUCCCCAUUGAGUUUUGACUUUGAAAGUGACCCUUUGCAAUAAUGUAAGAUGCUGUCCGGUGGAGGUGAGUGGUCAAUGCAGGUUAGAUGAGUGUACUACCAAAAUGAGUGGUGAUGAGAAAACCCACAUAAUGAUGAUGAUUAACCCACAUAAUGAUGAUGAUGAUGAACCCACAUAAUGAUGAUGUACACGCAUAAUGAUGAUGAUGAACCCACAUAAUGAUGAUGAUGUACCCGCAUAAUGAUGAUGAUGUUCACACAUAAUGAUGAUGAUGUACACGCAUAAUGAUGAUGAUGUUCCCCCCCCGAAAUGAUGAUGAUGAUCCCAACAUAAUGAUGAUGAUGUACCCACAUGUAGUUUGUUUUUGCUAGAUACCAAGUGUUGCUUUUUUAGUGUGCAUUUAUCAUGAAAGCCAGUCUCCGUCUAUCUACAGUAUGUCCAGACAAUUCGUCCUUCUUCACACGUUUGAAAUUCUAAUCCUCUAUACAAUUAUCGGAGGGGAUCAUGAUGUGUUACACUGGCACACUGCUGCUGCCAUACCUUAUAAUAUAUAGCUUUAUUUUUAGUGAUGAGCUUCGGUUAUAAUCGGUUCUCUAAUGCUUUCACUUACCCCUUGAUGAGUCUACAUGUCAACGUCAACAGAGGUUUCAGUAAAAUGUGUAUCCAUCAUAGAGUUAGUUAGAGGACUCAUCUUUGUAUCUGUCCAAUUAUGGCAUCUAUGAUAGCACAAUUUUCAUUCAAAUAUGGGUUAUAUCCAUGAUGAGUUCUCUAAACCAUCUCUAUGGGGUCCAUCUGUCAGGUCUGACUGUCAGCCCUUUGAGACCCUGACUCCAGUCACUAUAGCUGGAUAAUAGUCCACUAAACUGGUGUUAUUAAUCUGACCAGAUAAACAUUUGAUCUGGAACCAUGUUGUAAAUCUCCUUUCCAUCACACUCAGCACCAUGAAAUACAGAUACAGUAUCUUAUUGAUUAAUAUGUAAAUAACUUGCUGAUACCUCCUCUGCGUCUCCACACAUCAUCAAAGUCAUUUCUGCUGUGUUUGAUUUUAGAAGGAAACUGGUAGGUGUAAACAGCCCACUGUAUUUCCCAAUUAGAGUUGGUAGUUACUAAAAGACAGAAAGACAUAAUUACGGAGACUGAUGCAGAUUUUUGAUUGAGAUUCAUAGAUAUGUAGACACCACAAGGACAUUUUCUUUCAGGCCUUUGUUUGUUUUUUAUAUAUAUAUAUAUAUAUAUAUAUAUAUAUAUAUAUAUAUAUAUAUAUAUAAAUUGUGGCGUAGUCCUUCAGCAUUAAGGUCACUUCACUAGACUAGCAAAGAAUCAGGUUUAGUUAUACUGAGUCAAAUCUUAAAUUACAUAUCCGUAACACAAUUAAGCGUAAAUCUCCAUUUGAUUCCACAAUUAUGAGGAUAUAAUGGCCUGAUUUACGUGAAAGUUUAACGGAGAAAAAAACCAAAGAUGUAAAAAGGUGAAAUAGCAGUCAUUCACUACAACUUGUUCAAAUGCCUUGUUGACAGAAUAUCUUUUUAGCUGUCUGUUACAUUUCAGUAUUUCAGUUACAUUUCAGAUGUUAGCAACAGCAUUGCAAAGGAUAUGGAUUCAACAAAAACACAUUGUUCUUUUAAUUUAGAACCCGAUAGCUGUCCUGGGGGAUACGUUUUGUUUAAGCCGAGGGAGGAGUACAAUCCAACCCGUUAGGUUCCAUACGAUUACAGAUAGCUGCCUUUCGGUUUCGGUACGGUUCUUGGAACAUAGAAGGGAAUGAUCAUAUCAUAAUGUCAUCUGUAUUAUUCCAUCGUUUUGUUGUUCUUUCAUCGGCUUCCAUUUUGGAUUCUACUUUCGUCAGCUUCCAUUUUGGAUUCUACUUUUGUCAGCUUCCAUUUCUGCCAAUUUGAAAUUUAGGGAUUGGCGUGUCAAAUCAAAUCAGCCUUAAAUGCAUUUCUUAUUCAUACGCAGCAAGCAGCACUGACUGAAAGCUUCCUAUGCUCUGAGGGGCAGAUUGUACUAUAUUUUGUUGUUCGCUAAAGAGAAUAUGUAGUCUUGAUUUAGUUUUUAUGUUCAUGAGUAAAUGAGUCCUUACAACUGGAAUGAUAAUGGUAAUAAUAAUAGUAAUAGUAUUGAUGAUGAUUAUAAUAAUUACAAUAAUAAUAUGUUUACCAUAAUGGUUUCUGGGGGACAUUCUCUACUGUGUUUGUCCUUCAUUUUUAUGUCAUUUUGUUAAUGAAAUACUUGUUUUCCCACCACCUUUCUAAUACCAAUAGGGACGUCUCUGGUUCGCAAACAAAAUGAUUGCCAAAACAACAGCGCAGUGAAAAGUUAUGGGCUUGACUUAAACAAGUUGGCGUAUAUCAGACACACAUUCAAUUAACAUGCUAAAAACAAGAGGGCAGGAGAGAAAAUGAAGUGAUAAGUAAUAAAUAAAUACACAGAGAUGAAAUGCAAAGAGAGUCAGAAAACCUGACAAUUGUCCUUGACCACAGGGAACUUACAACCUAGAAAAGAGGGUCGUACUUACGUAUGAAUACUUGAGUAAAGAAUGCAUGGUAAAAAAAAAAAGAAUUUGUAUUAUUCUGUGUUUUAAUAGCAUUGUAUUGUUUAUGACACUAGACACUGUAUGUUGAAAUGUUGUAUUAAAAAAAAAGUGUUUCCAACCAA